GUGAAGCCCGUGCCCCUGUCCUGUCUGCGCUCGGUUUGUUCAUAAAGUUCCUUUUGAAGUUUGCCAAGAUGGCGGACUACGAUUUGACAACCAGGAUAGCACAUUUUCUGGACCGGCAUUUGGUUUUCCCCCUGUUGGAGUUCCUUUCUGUGAAAGAGAUCUACAAUGAAAAGGAGCUUCUUCAAGGAAAGCUGGAUCUGCUCAGCGACACAAACAUGGUGGAUUUCGCCAUGGAUGUGUACAAAAACCUGUACCCGGACAAGGAAAUCCCGCACUCCUUGAGAGAGAAGAGGACCACUGUGGUGGCCCAGCUGAAGCAGCUGCAGUCGGAGACCGAGCCCAUCGUGAAGAUGUUUGAGGACCCGGAAACCACUCGGCAGAUGCAGUCCACCAGAGAUGGGCGGAUGCUCUUUGACUAUCUAUCGGAGAAACACAAUUUCCGGCAGGAGUACCUGGACACUCUUUACAGAUACGCCAAAUUCCAGUACGAGUGUGGUAACUACUCUGGGGCUGCCGAGUACCUUUACUUCUUCCGUGUACUGGUUCCCUCCACGGACCGGAAUGCACUGAGCUCUCUGUGGGGGAAGCUGGCCUCUGAGAUCCUGAUGCAGAACUGGGAAGCAGCCAUGGAGGAUCUCACCCGGCUGAGGGAGACUAUUGAUAACAAUUCUGUGAGCUCCCCCCUGCAGUCACUCCAGCAGAGGACCUGGCUCAUCCACUGGUCCCUGUUUGUUUUUUUCAACCAUCCCAAAGGCAGGGACAACAUCAUUGAGCUCUUCCUCUACCAGCCUCAGUACCUGAAUGCCAUCCAGACAAUGUGCCCACACAUCCUGCGCUACCUUACAACUGCAGUCAUCACCAACAAAGAUGUACGCAAGCGCAGGCAGGUGCUCAAGGACUUGGUGAAAGUCAUUCAACAGGAAUCGUACACAUACAAGGACCCAAUCACAGAGUUUGUGGAAUGUCUCUAUGUGAACUUUGACUUUGACAGCGCCCAGAAGAAGCUGAGGGAGUGCGAGUCGGUUCUUGUGAAUGACUUCUUUUUGGUUGCCUGUCUGGAGGACUUCAUUGAGAACGCCCGUCUCUUCAUUUUUGAGACAUUUUGUCGUAUCCAUCAAUGUAUCAGCAUCAGCAUGCUGGCAGACAAGCUCAACAUGACGCCGGAGGAGGCGGAGAGGUGGAUCGUCAACCUCAUCCGUAAUGCCAGACUCGACGCCAAGAUCGACUCUAAACUGGGUCAUGUGGUGAUGGGCAACAACGCCGUGUCACCGUACCAGCAGGUGAUCGAGAAGACCAAGAGCUUGUCCUUCCGCAGCCAAAUGCUGGCCAUGAACAUUGAGAAGAAACUGGCCCACAGCAACAGAAAUGAGACACCCAACUGGGCAGCUCAAGACACCGGCUUCUACUAAACUGCAGAUCAGGAUGAAGAGGAUGAAGAUGGCUUUUGGGGUGUUAGUGAGGCUUCAUAUUGGAUUUAGGAUAUUUGGAUAAUAUUUCAUAUUAUUAUGUCCAUUUCUCAUUUAACCACCAGCUUAUUCUCUCAACAAGUCACUGUCACUCAUAAACAUGGGUGAUGUUUCUUACAGAUUCCACAGGACC